AUGGAAAGAAGCAGCGAAGACAACCAGGUUCUGCGAGAUUGGGAGUUUGACGAAGACACUUACAUCCAACGUUACCACCGCUGGUUGAGCGACAUCGACCUUGCCACUGAAAUGGUCGAAGACCCAAGCGAGGACGAGGAAGAAGCCCUUUUAGGUCAGAUUGCCAUUCGCAACAUUGAGCGUCAGUUCGAUGGGGAAACGUCCGGUAGUGAUGACUCGUCGGUUGGGGUUGUUGGACUCUUCCGUCGCAUUGCUCAAGAAGCCCAAGAACCGGUGGAUGAUGAACCAGUGGACGAUGAACCAGUGGACGAUGAACCGGUGGAGGAUGAACCAGUCAACGAACCGGUGGAGGAUGACGCCGAGGAAGAAGCCGAAGAAAACACCGACGAUGCCGAGGAAGAAGAAGACACUGAUGAUUCCGAGGAAGAAGAAGACACCGAUGAUUCCGAGGAAGAGGAAGAAGCAAUCGACCCCAUCUUGCAACGUCCAUGCAAAUGGGUCAUGUCUCAGGUUGAAGACGACGGCGACGACGUCCAAGAGGAGGAAGUGGAAGAAGACGAAAAUGAGGACGACGGAGAGGAACAGCAGGUAGAUGAUGCUGCCAACAAACGCACCGGCAGUGACAUCGAAGACGAUGAAAGUCCCACCAAGAAGACGAAGACUGGAGCCGACACUUCUGAGGAGGAAGAAGACGAAGAGGAAGACACCGUUGAUGGUGGAGCAGAAGACAUUGAGGGAAAUGACAGUGGUGAUGGAGAUAACAACGAAGACGACAACUCGCAGUCUCCCUAUGAAAUUGAGGUUCUAUGCACUGGAAGCUUUUCUUAUUGA